GAGUUUUAUUAUAAAACAUGUUGUUUUGUACUUGUUUUUGAUGAGUGAAUUAUGUAUUUGCAGAGAUCGCAUACUAUUCUCAACCUUGCUAACAAUCAAGGCCAUGGUAAGAAACAAUAGCAUUGCCAUCCAAAGACUGUCGGAGCAGGCCGACAAGAACCUAAGUCAAGGGGAGGUGGAAGAAUCAAUCGACAACUUUGGCUUCCCCUUCAAAACCAUUGAUCAGGUCCGACAGGUUGAAAACAUUUUGGAGGACAAAACAAAGUUCAAACUUCUGGUACGUCAUCUAACUGGAUUGGGGGGAUUCACAACCAAAGAGGUGGUGGACAGAAUGAUGUCACUUGUGUUCACCACCUCAAUGGCUCGCCAGUUCAACUGGGUGGGGAAGGCGCCCAAAUAUGGGAUGAAAGGCAUGAAGAUUACUGCUGCUAUUAAGGAAUCAGGUAAAUGCAGCAGGACCACUGAAUGUGAACUUGAAACUGCAAUGAGACUUUGGCUGAAGAACGCCCACGACAGGGAUGGGGGCAGGAAAAAGAGGGAGAGGGAUGCUGAAGAAAGAAAAAAUAUUGCCAGAGCUCGGGCAAUACUACUGGAUUCUUCAGACUCUGAUUGAGCAGCCCUGUCCAUGUGUAAAUAUCUAAGGAUGAAAAGAAUAAAAUA